AGCACACUUACAAAACGGAGGAAGCAGACAGCAAAAUACUCUGCUGCGUUUCUUAAGACUGGGCCGGGACCGGUAGCACGAGAACUCGAAACUAGCCUAUAGAUAGGCUACAAAGAUACGGAGACGACGUAAUGUCUUGCGCGGUGGAAUAACAAAUGAAAUGGACUGUAUUCCGUCGAAAGUUGAUUAUUAAAGAAAUAGAGCAAAGUGCAGUGAACCGAUCGCUCUCUCUCAAACACACAAGGCGUCUACGGGACUGUAGAACCGGAGGGAGCCUCGUUUUUUUGCUGGUUUGCACACAUUUCUGAUCCAUGAGGUUCAAGUGGGGCACUUUAAAUGACCUGAAGUAACGUCAGAAUGUUGUAUUGUUGUGAUUUACUCGGCAGUGUUUGGCACUCACCGAUCAUUCGGUUAUAUUUGUUGGCAUUUUUUAUAGCACCUGUGUUCUUACACCCACAAUGUUUGGAUUUCAAGCCCCCCUUCAAGCCUCAAGAUGAUCUCCAGUUCUGCGCAAUGUACAGGAACUUCGGGUGCUGCGACUCUGCCAAGGACAAGGAAUUGAUGGCUAAAUUCUAUAAGAUCAUGGACAAUUUCGACUAUUAUGGAUAUGCCAGCUGUGCUGGUUAUGUGCAGGACCUUCUCUGCCAGGAAUGCUCUCCAUAUGCAGCUCACCUCUUUGAUGCUGAGGACCCCAACACCCCUAUCAGAACCCUCCCUGGCCUGUGCCCUGACUACUGUUCACAGUUCUGGCUCAAAUGCCGUUCCACCAUCACCUUGCUCUCCGACGACCCGCAGCUAGCCGAAGCCGAGCCGGACCAGGACCGCUUCUGCCAGCACCUGGAGCUGGAGGACCCAGACUACUGUUACCCACACCUUCUCAGCAACGAACAGCUGACACAGAACUUGGGCCGGGUCCGGGCCGACCCCGAGGGUUGCCUGCAGCUCUGCCUGGAGGAAAUAGCCAAUGGCCUGCGGAACCCCCUGUCCAUGGUUUACGCCAACGAUGGAACACACCGCUUCUUUAUAGCAGAGCAGGUGGGUCUGGUGUGGACGUACCUACCCGACCGCUCCAAGCUGGAGAAGCCGUUCCUGAACAUCACCAAGGCCGUUCUGACGUCGCCCUGGGAGGGGGACGAGAGGGGCUUCCUGGGCAUGACCUUUCACCCCAACUACAAGUACAACAGGAAGCUGUAUGUAUACUACUCUGUGGAGAUUGGCUUCGAUGAGAGGAUCAGGAUCAGUGAGUUCCGCGUCUCUCCCAGCGACAUGAACGUGGUGGACCACGGGUCUGAGAGGAUCAUUCUGGAGGUUGACGAGCCUGCGUCCAAUCACAACGGAGGAAUGGUGAUGUUUGCUGAUGACGGUUACCUGUACAUUUUCACUGGAGACGGGGGCAUGGCUGGUGACCCCUUUGGGAAAUAUGGAAACUCUCAGAACAAGUCAGCCCUGUUAGGCAAAGUUCUCCGGAUCGAUGUUGAUGACAAUGACAGAGGUCCCCUGUACAGGAUCCCUUCUGACAACCCAUUCGUGCAUGAGCGCGGGGCGCGCCCUGAGGUCUAUGCUUAUGGGGUGCGCAACAUGUGGAGGUGUUCUGUGGACCGGGGGGACCCCCUGACUAAGGAGGGCAAGGGGCGCAUCUUCUGCGGGGACGUGGGACAGAACAAGUUUGAGGAGAUCGACAUCAUAGAGAAGGGAAGGAACUACGGCUGGAGGGCCAAAGAGGGGUUCUCCUGUUAUGACAAGAAGCUGUGCACCAACAGCUCUCUAGAUGAUGUACUCCCCAUCUAUGCCUACCCUCACAAGAUGGGCAAGUCUGUGACUGGUGGCUAUGUGUACAGAGGCUGUGAAUACCCCAAUCUGAACGGCAUGUACAUAUUUGGAGACUUUAUGAGCGGGCGUAUGAUGAGCCUCCAGGAGAAUAAGAACACAGGUCAGUGGGACUACCAUGAGAUCUGUAUGGGCAUGGGUCUGACCUGUGCCUUCCCUGGCUUAAUCAACAACUACUACCAGUACAUCAUCUCAUUUGCGGAGGACGAGGCAGGAGAACUGUACUUCAUGUCAACUGGAGUGCCCAGUGCCACAUCUCCCACCGGUGUGGUUUACAAACUGGUGGAUCCCUCAAGACGGGCACCGCCAAGACAAUGCCACUAUGACCCGCUGCCUGUCAGAGUGAAGAGCAAGCUCAUCAAAUUCAAACCAAAGGAAACAUUAACAGGAGUUGAACUACCGACCAAGCGACCCAAUCUCUCCCCGCAAGAAGAGCCCGUCAGAUCCCAUCCCACUGAGUCUGCAGUAAGCGAGUCCGACAAGGACUGGCUUCAGGAGCUCAUGGAUAUUCUGAAGGAGCAAGAGGCUGCCGCUGUCACCACCACACUUCCUCCAACCACAACCACAACCACAACCAAACCACCCAGGCACACACGACGGAAAAAUCGCAGGAAGAAGGGCAAGCAUCGGUUAGAGAGCGAGUCGGCAUCAGCAGCUGUGCCACAGAAUGGGGUGGUGAGACUGGCGGGGGACGAGCAGGGGCGGGACGACCGGGGGAGGGUGGAGAUCUUCGCCAACGGGGAGUGGGGAACGGUGUGCGACGACCUGUGGAAUACAAAAAACGCAGCAGUGGUUUGUCGACAGCUGGGGUUCCGGUUCGCCCUGAAGGCGUCCAAGCACUCGGAGUUCGGAGAAGGGAAGAGUCUCCGGAUUCUUCUGGAUGAUGUACAGUGUGAGGGGACAGAGGAGAGCCUGCUGGGCUGUCAACACACAGGCGUAGUUUUUUUUCUCUCUCAGGUUUCAUUGGCCCCCAUCAACAAUGGAAUGUGUGUUUGACAAUUUGAAAGAGAGACCUGUGGUCAGACAGGGGACACCAAACAAAAACAUUAGGGUCAUAUUCACUAGAAACCCUAACCUCGGCAGCCCAGAACGAAAAUCUGGCACCAGGUACUCGACUAUUUUGCUACAAUACUAUUUAUGUUAUAUGUUAUGUGUCUGUCCACAAGAAAUGACUAGGAACCAAACAGAAUCAAUUGGAAGGAAGCAGACAGGGACUACGUGGAUUUGUCCAAUAAGAAACUUGUGUGCAUUAAUCAAUACAACCCAGGGUAUAUUUAGUUUAGAGUGAAAACACGUUUGAUGGUACACUCAAAUGACAAGUUCCAGAUACCACUAGGUGACAGUGGUUUCUGGAGAUUAAUUUACAAAGAUACCAUUAGUUAGGGCAGACAUUGCAAAUUGAGGGGGGAUGUUGUAAACUAACACAAAACAUUUUCAGUCCACACAAUCUUCUUGUCAUGUAUAUACAGUGCAUCUGUAAAGUAUUCACACCCCUCGACUUUUUCCACAUUUUGUUACAGCCUUAUCCUAAAAUGGAUGAAAGAAAAAAUUAUUCAACAAUCUACGCAAAAUAUCCAUAAUAACAAAGCAACAAAGUCUUGGUGGUUCCAAACUUCUUGCAUUUAAGAAUGAUGGAGGCCACUGCAGAAUGUUUUAGUACCCUUCCCCAGA